GUCCGAGUGCGUGGCCGGGGGCGCGUCAGAGAAUCCCCGUCGGCGCCGCGGCUCCCGAGAAGCGGGCCGUGAGGCACCGAGGUCGGCCUCCCCGCGGGAACAGGCGCUCCCGAGGCUCGCCCCGUCUUCAAGGCGCCGCGGGCCUGCGGCCCCCGCCCGCCCCCUCCCCUCUGCGGCCCCGCAGCGCCCCCCGACGCCCGUGCUCCUUUUGCGCGGGUCCGGCUCCGCCCCCCGCCCGCCGCGCCCCCCGCCCCGCCCGGCCUCGGCGGGCCUCGGCAGCGGCCCCCGCCGGCCCGAGCGACCCUCACGGUGGCCGCGCCGCGCUCCGCCGCUCGCCGCCGCCAUGGACGCGUUCCCCACGCACCGGCUGGGGCUGCCGCGCGCGCGCGCCCCCGGCGGCCCGGGCCGCCCGUCGCCCUCCGUCAGCUGCAGCCGACUCCGCCAGGUUCAGAGUAUCCUGACCCAAAGUAGCAAGUCUCAGCCUGAUGGGAUCCUCUGCAUCCUCGGAAUCGAUAGCAGGUACAAUGAGGGCUGUAGAGAACUGGCAAACUAUCUCCUGUUUGGUUUGUACAAUCAGAAUACCAGUGAUUUUGAGAAAACGGGGUUUUCUGAAGAAGUUCUGGAUGAUAUAAUUAUAUUGAUAAAAUCAGAUAGUGUCCAUCUGUACUGUAAUCCUGUAAACUAUCGCUAUCUCUUACCUUAUGUGGCACAUUGGAGAAAUCUGCAUUUCCACUGCAUGACUGAAAAUGAGUAUGAAGAUGAAGAAGCUGCAGAAGAAUUUAAAAUUGCCAGCUUUGUGGACAUGACUCGAGACUGUAGUCGAAUUGGCAUUCCUUACAGCUCCCAAGGUCACCUGCAGAUAUUUGAUAUGUUUGUCGUGGAGAAGUGGCCGAUUGUACAAGCCUUUGCCCUUGAAGGCAUCGGAGGAGAUGGGUUUUUCACCAUGAAAUACAAGUUGCAAGAUGUGAGCUUGAAUCUGUGGAAUGUCUACAGCAAGAUGGACCCUAUGUCUCUGGAGAGUUUGCUCUCAGAAGACUUGGUGACUUUCGAACAUCAGUGGUCAAGCUUCUUCGCUAAUUUUGACACAGAAAUUCCUUUCUUGCUGGAACUCUCUGAAUCUCAGGCGGGCGAGCCAUUCAGAAGUUACUUCAGUCAUGGGAUGAUCUCCAGCCAUAUAACUGAAAACAGUCCCAAUAGGCAGCCGUUUGUUCUCUUUGGCAAUCACUCCAUGAAAGAAAACCUGAAUGCGGGCAACUUUAACUUCCCCUCUGAAGGGCACCUGGUACGAAGCACGGGUCCCAGUGGGAGCUCUGCCAACCACAUGGUAGUGCAGUGUGUCUCACCAAAAGGACCCUUGGCUUGCUCAAGAACAUACUUUUUUGGAACUACUCACAUUCCUUAUUUAGAUGAUAACAAGCCAUCCAAAAAAACUGAGCAAAUUAGGCUCUUGUCACAGGUCUAUGUUGCUGUUAUUGAGGCUGUUUUGGCUGGCAUUGCAUGUUAUGCUAAAACUUCCAGUCUAACAAAGGCUAAGGAGGUGGCAGAGCAGACACUGAUGUCUGGGUUAGAUUACAUUGAGGUGAUCUGGUUUAAGGUAAUCCUACGCUCCAACAUGACCUUUCAAAUCCAUGCUGUGAACAAUCAGGGAAGAAUCGUGCCUCUGGAGAGUAAAGAUAGCCUGUACUUUGUGAAGACGGCUUCCAUGACUAUAUAUGAUAUUCCUGACUUGCUGGGAGAAAGAGGACAUUUAGGAUCUGUGAUCUUCUCAGAAUCAUUUUUGACCUCUCAAAUCUUGGUUAAAGAGAAAGAUGGCACUGUUACUCCAGAAACCAGCUUCAUAGUCCUGACAGCCGCCAUUCCCAGAUUCUGCUCCUGGAUGGUAGAGGACAAUGAAGUAAAACUGUUUGAGAAAACCCAACAGAUGGUGAUGGGUGAUGAAUGUUUCUUGGGCACAUUUCUGACAGGAGGAGAAGGAGCGUAUCUUUAUCCCAGCACCCUCCAGUCCUGGCCUGAGGAAGGGAAAGUGUAUUUCUUCUCUAAUGGCCUUCUGUUUUCUCAUCGCCAUCAUGGAAGUAUCGUCAUUUCCAAAGAUCACAUGGAUUUUGUUUCAUUCUAUGAUGGGGAUUCUACCAGUAUUGUUGCUGCCCUUCUGAUCAACUACAAACGCUCUUUGCUUCCUCAUCUCCCAGUUCACUUCCAUGGAUCAAGCAAUUUUCUGAUGAUUGCUCUUUUCCCCAAAUCAAAGAUAUACCAAGCAUUUUACUCAGAGGUCUUCUCCCCCUGGCAACAGCAGACUAACUCAGGGAUUUCUUUAAAAGUGAUCCAGGAAGAUGGAUUAUCUGAGGAACAAAAGAGAUUACACUCCACUGCACAGAAGCGCUUCAGUGUCCUGAGCCAUUCAGCCGGAGAGAAGUGGAACCCUCUGAAGCUGCUCUCGGCCAAGCUCCCACAGCUGGACACAUUUCUCCAGAACUUUGCUGUUGGCAGCAUUAGUCAGGAGCCUGUGAUGAGGAUGCAUCUCCCAGUCCUGCUACAGCAGGCUGAAGUUAGCCCUGCCCCGAGACUUGAAAACGACAAGAUAAUCAUCAACAUUAUAACUGGCCUCCCAGGCUGCUUUGCCAGCGAGCUCGGUGCUUUCCUGGUCACUCUGCACAAGGAGUAUGGCAGGUGGUUGGUGUACCGCCAAGUCCUGGACAGCUCCAACUGUUUCCAUGCUGCCCACUUCCAGAGAUUCCUUUCGGGUGCCGUGGAGGCUCAACAGAACCGCUCGGCCCGCCACUCAGUCCACAUCCGCAAGAAGGCCAGACUGCUGGUGGUGCUACAAGGCUACACCGAUGUCAUUGAUGUUGUCCAGGCCCUGCAGACCCAUCCAGACUCAAAUGUCAAGUCCUUCUUCACCAUCGGCGCCAUAACUGUGUGCGUGGAGCCGCUGAGCUGCUACAUGGAUCACAGAUUUCUCUUUCCUAAAUGUCUUGACCAGUGUUCACAAGGCCUGGUGAGUAACGUGGUCUUCACCAGUCUCACCACCGAGCAGAGGCACCCUCUCCUGGUUCAGCUGCAGAGCCUCAUCAGAGCGGCCAAUCCUACUGCAGCAUUCAUUCUUGCAGAAAAUGGGAUUGUCACCAGGAAUGAAGACAUUGAUAUGAUUCUCUCUGACAAUAGUUUUUCAAGUCCCCAGAUGCUACGAUCUCGAUAUUUAAUGUUCCCUGGCUGGUAUCAAGGUAAAUUUGCUGCUGGAUCCGUCUUUCCACUUAUGGUUCAGAUCUGCGUGUGGUUUGGACGGCCCCUGGAGAAGACGCGCUUUGUGGCUAGGUGUAAAGCCAUCCAGGCCUCCAUCAAGCCAAGUCCCUUCUCUGGAAACAUCUACCACAUCCUGGGCAAAGUGAAAUUCACAGACUCUGAGAGGACCAUGGAGGUCUGCCACAACACUCUGGCCAACUUGCUGAGCAUCGUGCCCGUUUUGGAGGGACCAACCCCACCCCCCGAUUCCAGAAGCACCCCUCCAGCCAGCAGUGGACCGCAGGAGAGCUACCUGGUGUUCAUCGGCUGCUCCCUGAAGGAAGAUAGCGUGAAGGAUUGGCUGCGGCAGUCAGCCAAGCAGAAGCCUCAGAGGAAAGCCCUGAAGACCAGAGGGAUGCUGACCCAGCAGGAGAUCCGGAAUAUCCACGUGAAGCGCCACCUUGACCCCCUACCUGCAGGCUACUUCUAUAAUGGCACCCAGUUUGUCAAUUUCUUUGGUGACAAGACUGAUUUCCACCCUCUCAUGGAUCAGUUCAUGAAUGACUACGUGGAGGAAGCCAACCGGGAAAUCGAGAAGUACAACCGAGAGCUGGAGCAGCAGGAGUAUCACGACCUCUUUGAGCAGAAGCCCUAGAGGAGGGCUCAGAGAUGGACUGAGGGUGUCUGGGUCUGCUCCGGAAACCCUCCCGGAGGGGCUGUCCUUUGUUCCCGUGGCCCUUCCCGCUGGCUUUGAGUGCAUGUUGUCUUUCCUCUCUGCGGCGCUGAGCAUCUCCUGCACACUGACCAGUCCUCACGCCGGUGGGUCAACCAGGCCGCCCUGUGUGUGCAGUGGGUAGUCCAGGCCUCCUGGCUCUGGUGCCAGAACCUCGUCUGGCUGUGGAGGCACAGGGCCAGGGCAGUAGGGGAAGCCUUGGAACCGCACAGAGGAGCCGCUGGCAUGCAGAGAAACCCAGGCUGCCCAGAUAAUCUGUCGCCACCCCUGGGAGACCAGGACCUCAUGGGGGGCCUGGGGGGCACACAGCAUAAGCCCAACCCCAGAGCUGGCUUAGACCAAGAUCGGCAGCUGCUGCUGACCCAAGACACUUCCCCCAGACUGGCCGAGCUGAGGGGAAGGCACACCCUCUUUCCAGAAGCCUGUGGCUGUCCCACAGGCACAAGCAGGCCUUGGUCUUGCGCUCCCUCCUGGCAUGCCUCUGAUUUGCUUGAUGGGGCGACCAGCACCAAUCCCCUGCUCAAGCCCUCCCACUGAGUCUGUCUCACUCAAGGGAGGGUCCUCUGAAGCCAGGGCUCUGAUUGCUAAUGGAGGGAGCUCAGACUCCCUCCUCAGCCUCGUCAGGUUUUGGGCCACAAACUUCAAGAAAAAAAAUCACACCCCAAAGCAUUGUAGUUGGCUCCCCUGAGGACCAGGAAUUUCAAAGAAUUCCAACAUCCAAGUUAGAAUUUCUUCCAGUAAUCUUGCAUUCAGCUGCACCGUGAAACAAGGGACUGCCAUGUGCGCCUGUGCCCGGCUUCCAGAAUAAGUGUGGCCGGGAGUGGCCACAGCACUGAUUUAGGUGACAGUGGUUAGGAUCUCAGCGAGCCGCCCGCCUCGACUGUAAAUGCUUUCUGAAUCUCACCAAGUUUCUUGCAUGCCUUAGGAAGAAGCACAUAGAUGAAACCAGCGUUUCCUAGUAACAUAGAGGGUGUUAGGGAAGGCCCUGGCGCAGAGCGUACAGAGACAGGAUGGAGUACCUGGGUCUCUGCUUGUUCACACGAGGUCUACAUGCAAGUAGCCAAGCAGCCCCUGCGGGCUCACUGGCAAAAUAUAAUUUUAAAAAAUGUAUUUGAAGCUAAACAAACAAAACCCCCAAAUACCAUUGACUCGAAAUCUUGCAUGCAGACAGACUCCGGGAAAGGCCCAUGUGCUCCACUCCCAGCCCAGGCCCCACCAAGGAGCCUGUGUCCAGCUGCCCCUGCCUUCUGGCUGGCCAGAAGCUGAGGUCCACGCUCCAGCCUCUGCUCCAGAAUCCUUAACCUAGAUCUUUAAGUGCAAUUGAUUUAAAAAGGAAAAAAGAAAAAAAAAGCAAUGAGUUACUGUAGCUUUUAGUUCUACCGAGCUCUUUUUAAAAACUCAAACUUGAGCAGCCUUAGGAAUGGGGGGUGGGGGCGGGGGGCGGGACUGGAGGCCCAUUUCCUCCAGUUCGCGUGACUUUUAAAUGACGCUCUGGAUCCAGGAGCUUGAGCCAUUUUCCUGGCUGCUGCACAAGAGUUUUUAAAGAGGGGUCCAUGCCCGCCCUGUAGACGCGGGUCUUCCCACUGCGUGGGGCUGUACUACGUGGUGGUCUUGGUUCUGACUUUCCCAUAGAAAUGCUCUCUCACCAACUCGCCCCACGGUCCGAUUCCUCUCCGUUGAGAGGGGAAGCUGUGAUUACCUCAACUUAUCUAUGAAACUGUGAUUGAAAACAAAGGAAAAAAAAAAAGAAAGAAAAAAAAGCAAAGUUUAAGAAGUUUUUAGUUUAAAAGCCAAAAAAAAAAGGCAAAACUGGCUGAGGCUUCCACAGGCUCACCUCAGCCCGCUCAGGAGUGAAGGGCACCGUGGCGAAAGGGCAUUCCUAGGGGCGCACUCACGCGCCUCAGAAGAGGCGCCGGCAGCAUGCGGCCGAGCUCUCUGAGGACUGAGAUUGGGAGGAGCCCCUUCCAGGAUGGGGGGGUUUCUGCCGUGAAGGUGAGCAUCCACCUGCUGCUGCAGGCUACGGCUACGGUGUGGGGCCACGCCUUGUGGUAGACUGGCCUUGGCCGUGGCCGAGCAGGGACCCAGCAGAGACGUCGUCCUCUGGGGGCUCGAGUGCUCCCUGCCAGCUUUCCUGCUCACGGCUUCAGUUCUCUCUCACCCAGAGUGCGUGUGGUGAUACCCCAGUCGCUGAAGUUAUGGGUUCUCUUAGGUUUUGAUGUGUGGUAUUUUUCUUUAUUUCUGAUUGGAAAGGAAAAUGCCAGAAUCAAAGAAAAGGGAUUACUACCCUUGUGUGUGGCCCCUCAGAGCCCCCCGGGGUUGCUCAGUGACCUGAGGCCUGGACACUGGGUCCUGCAGGUUGCAAGAAAAAAAAAAAAUAUCCUCCUAAAGUCGAUUAGGAUUUUGGAGAAUUUUUGCACAGUAAUAAGCUCUGGGUUGCUCUUUGAGCUCCUCAAAAGGGAAAGUUAACUCAAAGAUUGUAUGCCAUAUAUUAAGUAUUUCAGCCACGUUGCUGACCUAGUUCAAUAGUUGUACCUCAGAAAAGUAGGUGAGAAAUGGCUUCCUCAUUGUCCCAGGUUGUCCAGUACUAAUGACAUAAGAGCUCACUUACGUGCCAAAAUUCACUUUUAUACUAGUUUUUCAGUGCUUUAAUAUUUGUAACUUAAAUUUUAAAAAAGAUUUACAAACACUACUGUAACUUCAGUGAAACUGAAUUGUGUGAUUGAAGCUUUUUGCUUAUUAUAGUAUUUAUUACACUACUUAAUUCCGUAAACAUAAAAGUAGCCUUCAGUUUA